AUGCAGGCUGCGGGGCGGUGCGGGGGGAGGAGGUGUGAUGGCGCGUUAUCUCGGCUAGUAACCCCGCUGCACAUCAGGAGGAGGAAGAGGAGGAGGAAGGAGGGCGCCGGGAGGGAUAAGAUGGAGCAGCGGGUGGUGAAGGAGGCGGGGAGCCGGGGCCGAGCCCGCCGGAGCCGCGGGGUGGUCACGACCGGCGUCGCGGUCGCACGUUUCCCCGGCACGGGGCGGGGGGGAGGAGCGGCGGCGGCGGGCGCGGAGGGCAGUUUUCUGGCCGCCUGGCUGAGCGCGGCGGCGGCGGCGCCCCGGGAGCGGCUCCGCGACUUCCAGCACACCAAGAGGGUCGGCAACUACCUGAUCGGCAGGAAACUGGGAGAGGGCUCCUUCGCCAAGGUCCGGGAAGGGCUGCACGUCCUCACCGGAGAGAAGGUGGCAGUGAAAGUAAUUGACAAGAAAAGAGCCAAAAAGGACACGUAUGUCACCAAGAAUCUGCGACGGGAAGGGCAGAUCCAGCAAAUGAUUCGCCACCCGAAUAUUGCUCAGCUGCUGGAUAUACUGGAAACUGAAAACAGUUACUACCUUGUCAUGGAGCUGUGCCCUGGUGGCAACUUGAUGCACAAGAUCUAUGAGAAAAAAAGACUCGAGGAGCAUGAAGCGCGCAAAUACAUCCGGCAGCUUAUCCUGGCAGUUGAACAUCUUCACCGGGCAGGAGUAGUUCACAGAGACUUGAAGAUAGAAAAUCUGUUGCUAGAUGAAGACAACAAUAUCAAGCUUAUUGACUUUGGAUUGAGCAACUGUGCAGGCAUCUUGGGUUAUUCUGAUCCAUUCAGCACCCAGUGUGGGAGCCCAGCAUAUGCAGCCCCUGAACUUCUGGCAAGGAAGAAAUACGGGCCCAAAAUAGACGUUUGGUCCAUUGGAGUGAACAUGUACGCAAUGUUGACUGGAACAUUACCUUUUACUGUGGAGCCAUUCAGCUUGAGAGCUUUAUACCAGAAAAUGGUGGACAAAGAAAUGAACCCUUUUCCUACACAGCUCUCUACAGCGGCCAUAAACUUUCUACGAUCUCUACUAGAGCCAGAUCCUGCAAAGAGACCAAACAUCCAACAGGCACUUGCAAAUCGAUGGCUUAAUGAGAAUUACCCUGGAAGAGCACCGCCUAAUGUCACAUACCCAAACAGGAUACACCUUGAGGACCUCAGCCAGAGCGUGCUGCUCCAUAUGACUGAGAAGCUGGGCUACAAGAACAGCGACGUCAUCAACACUGUGCUCUCAAACAGGGCAAGUCACACACUUGCCAUCUACUUCCUGCUUAAUAAGAAGCUGGAGCGGUACUUGGCAAGCCUUAGGAAGUCUGAAGGCCAGGACAAUAUUUGCCACAAGAACCAGCUAUACCAGAUAGAAAAAUACAAGGCAAAUAAAGACUCCUAUGAGAUACAGAACACCAAGGCUCUGCUGAAGGACCGGAAAGUCACCAAGGCUGGAGGUCCGGAGAAAGACUCCGGCGGUGGGGUAAGCCCUUUCCACGAACCCCUGGCAAACAAGACGGGCUGCGUCACUUCCAGCUCCCUGGAGUACCUGGAAGUCCAGCAGCCUCCCCCCAGAACCCCUCGGCUCCUCAAGAGGCAGGAGUCCCCACAGCAGGAGCCGGCCCGGAUCGGGGGCCGGGCGAAGGACUCUCCUCUCAUCCUGAAUAUUGUGCACUCCUUCGAGUCGGUCGACAGAGAGGACCAAAUAGACCAGGUUUCCCCCUCUCAUCAGUACAGGGUUUUAGGCUCGCCAAUGAAUUUCCCAUACAAAAGCUCAAGUGAAAGGACACUGUCCCCGCUUUUUCCGCCGGGGAGUACGUCCCCCGUCCACCCCACCCAGCUCUCAUUCACGUAUGAAGAAAAAGCGUAUCCGGGAAAGGAAGAAGCAGUGUCCCCUACUCAGCUGGUUUCCAACAACCCCUUGGGCAGCCCUAACUGUGUUAAAAGCAGAGGCAGAUUCCCCAUGAUGGGGAUCGGACAGAUGCUGCGGAAGAGGAACCAGACGAUGCAGUCGACCAGCGACAAGCCGCUGGAAGCGAGGAUGCCUCAGCUGCAGCAGAUGAGCCCCACACAGAUUUCCUUCAAUGCAGCAGAUGCUGUCAGUGGCCAGUGUUAGUCUGACAUCCCGGGAUUUGCACUGCUCUUCUCUGGGACCUAGCCUUUUUUACUUCUAACAAGAAGGGAAAGCCACAGGCAUGUUACUGUGACUACGUAAUACGCUACAGUGGUCCGACGUAGAAGAUCAGAGGUCUGCUUGUAUGGAAGGUGUUGUCCUACAUAUUAAAGUUGAAAGAAAAGGGCUCUGCUUGUGCUGUUAAGAAAUAUUAGCAUUUAGCCUCUGACUGUACAGUAAAACAUGUCUUGAAAGAGCUACGUGAAUGUGUAUUUUCACUGCUCUCACCUAGUAUUGCAGUGAGGUUGAUUGGAAGAGCAGCGAGCAUUAACAGUUUGAUUCAUCAAGGUAAUCUGCGUGGUGCCAUGAAUGCCAGUUCCCUCCAGGUUCUGUGGUAAGACUGUCCGUGCUCCGUCUGCCUGUGCCACACAGUACUUUCUGCUGCUACAGGCAUUGUUCUCGUGGCUAGACAAGUUGAAAAACUCGAGAUACGAUGUCCAAAGUCAGCUUGCUAACAAGCACUGCCAAGAUGAAGUUGGCAGAAGUUUGAAUAAAGACACAAGGGAUCUAAACAUUCAGAAAAAAGUGGGAGCAUUUGAAGUCAAAGCUGUUAAUUACAUAAAAUGGCUAAUAACGGAAUCAUUUUUUUUCCUAAAGAAAAUGAUGAUUUUAUUAUGUCACUCAGAAGUUAUUAUUGAAAAACAAAUUUAAUCACAUGGAAAUUUACCAUGCUAGGGGCCCGUUUCUUUCAUAUGGUGGGCCUGCAAGCGGAUGCUUCAAACAGAAAUCCAGAUUGCAGCACGCUGUGUUUAAACAAUCCAGUCACCUCCGAUUUUUGUAGUUGUACUAGUUCCAUGGCACGCCUACAUGCAGGACUGCGUUAGCCCCUGUUACAGCAAAGCAGCAUUGGACACACCUGAAGGCUUUUCUGAGAGACUGCAAUGAAUUAAAAAGACUAAUAAAGGACACAUGAACCUGUACCAAUGCCAUUUUAUACUGCAAGAUUGGUAAUGCAGUGGUUACCAAAAAUUCAGCAUUGUUAUGAGCGGUGAAGGUUAACUUUCUUAAAAGGCAUCAUGUUCUACAUACCCGUCUUCUUUUUAUAAGUAAAUGAUACAUCUGAGAGGUUGGCAACAUUUUUUUUUUUGGUUCUGUUUUUGUCUUCAAACCAUUUCCUAUAAAUUAGAAGGUUUAGCCAAAGACUACUCUUUUCUUUCGUCUGUACCGUGCUUGCGUAUGUGUUUGUGUGUACGGAACAUCUCAGCAAAGCUUGUUCCAGUCUGGUUCCCAAGCGGGCAGCCCCACUGCUGUCCACCCCUUUAAUGGCAUUCCAAAACACAGGAGAGGCAUUGUCUUCUUCUUGGGGUUGUCUCUGGAAGAUGGAGGUUUUACCUCGGGACCAUCAGCAGGAAUCCAAGCCCUACUUUUAUCAAUAUUUUUGCAAACAAUUUUGUGGCCCCAUUGCUUUGGUGUCUGUGCAAACGCUGAGAGUUUCCCCUGUUCGAAAAGCUUUUAAUGAGAGACACACACGGGGACUGGGGGAGGAAGGCCAGCAGAGGCAGGGGAGAAGAUCUCCAGCAGAGCCCGUAGCUGAGCGCGUGUUCCCAAUUCUCAGCCUUACCUCACAAUCUGCAAGAAAAAAAAAUUGGCCGUUAAUCCAGAUACUGACAGAACAGAUAACUGGACUGUUCAGCAGUUUGAAUGCUUGCUGGCAAAACCAGCAGAGCGUGAACGCCCAUAGCGCCCUUCUCAUCCCUGCAGAUGGGACCUUCACCUCAGCACUGACGCUGCCCGUCAGUUCGGUGCAAGGGAGUCCAUAUGCAUCUUGCUCUCUUCGCUGUAGCGAGGACACCCGCCUCUGAGGUAGCUUAACUACCUGUAAAAUAACAGACAUAAAAAUCCCAAUAUGAUAAAAAAGACAGCCCUGAAAUAAUUUUACUCAUUUUCCGAUUGAAAAAUGUCGUCUUCUGUUUGUACAGAGCACCUGUGCCUCCCAGGGGUCCAUUCUAGCGCUUCCUUUCAUUUAAAAUCAUCAAGGCAUUUUCUUUUUCUUCAUACUAAGAACAUCUUUGUGCUGCAAAGCUAGCGAGCGGGGACCACUAAAAUCCCGUCUUUGGCUUGUGUUGAAUUUGCAUACCUGAACAGAUGGCAGAUACUGACUUGAAUUACAAACUCAGGUUUAUUUGGAACCCAAUAAAAGGUUGGGGGAGGCAGGAAAGAGACAUGUAUUUUUUGUGAAAACCCAGUAAAUAUGUGUAAGAAUCAGAAUUGAAACAGAAAUGUUAAAUCUUUUAUUAUAUUUAUAGAGAAUAUAUGAGUACUACACUGCUAAAACAUAACCGUGUAUCCAGCUUAGACAGUAGCUAUGUACAGUCAAACUGCAGUGACCAUAGAAGGGACUGACUGAAAUACAGUAGUGGAAAUUCCAGGGGACAAAAUUGUAUUUGUUAUCACUAUUAAAUAUACGUACUUUUUGAA